AUGAAGUCGAAUGCUUUGAUCGCCACCACUUUGGUGUCUCUCGCCGGAGCUUCACCACUCCAGCCUCGCCAACAGAUCGACUUCGCCUUGCUUGAUUCAGCUCCGCAGCCGACAAUUGGCUCCGCUUCGGUCGGCGAGCAGCCGCAUACCGUCGAGUUCGACUUGCCCGCCGCAACUGCGGCUGCUACCGCUACUCCUCUUCCUGUGGUAGCUGUGGGGAAGCGUGACCUAGAAGGUAGAACUUCUGAUGCCUGUACACCUGUUUCUCCCAGGGGCAAGGGUCCCAUCUCCGACCCUGAUGAUGCCACAGCAUUCGCUGAAAAUCCUGUUUACGGGGCUUACGCGAAUACUGCCCCUGUACCUACCGGCUAUCAGAGGACUUUCCAGAACCUCCAGGCUUCUAGCAGUGCCUAUGGCUACUCCGGCUUCAGCUACCUAGAUUCUUAUGAUACCAAUGAGUGCGCUCGUCAGUGUAACAACAUCGACAGCUGCAGCGGGUUCAACCUCUACUUUGAGAGAAACCCGGUGGUCGUCCCCGGCGACGACUGCCUAAAUCCCGCCUCUAUGACUCAGAUCAAGUGUGUCUUCUGGGGUGGCUACCUUUCAGCUGAUAACGCCGGUAACAACGGCCAGUACAUAAGAGACUUCCAAGUCCUCAUCGCUGGCUCCAACGGGUACAUGAAGACCCGGGUGCCCGACGUUCCUGGCUACGCCGGAGUUGCUCUUGGCAACGUGGCAAUCAACGCACCUUUGAACUGCAGAAACCAGGAUACCUACAUGGGUUCUAAGAUCUUCACCACCAGCUACUACGACCCCAGCCUAUGUGCUGCGGCAUGCAAGUCACAAAACGAGUACAACACUGCUCACCCGCCCCAGGAAGGCGAGCCUAAGAUCUGCAAAUUCUUCGUGACAUACCUUGCUGAAAGGAACGGUGCUCCCGAAGGCCAGAUGUGUGUCAUGUACACACAGCAAUGGGAUACCAGCUACGCCACAAACGAUGGACAAUGGCGCGGCAAUGAUCACUACACUAACGACUAUGCCUUUGCCUACACCAAUACGCUUGACAACGGCCUUCCUGUCUGCACUGAGCAGCACCCAUAA